AGAUCCAGAGAUAAUUAAACAAACAAAACACUUAGCAAAAAGAUUUUGAGAGGGAGAAAAAAGGGCGAUCGAUUAGGGUUUUUGUUUUUCGUUUGAAAAUUCUGUAUCAUCAAUCCAAGGUUCAUCGGCGAGUCAUGAACACGGUGGAAGCUGUGAUUGCGUCAAUCCAAGGUUUAUCGGCGAGUGCAGAGGAUUUAGCUGCACUUCACGAUCUUUUGAGAGGAGCUGAGAGCUCGCUCCGAGCCGAACCCGAUUUUAAUUUCUCUACUCUUGGCCAGCUCGACGCCGCGAAGCAUUCCCUCGGUUACCUGUAUUUCCUUGAGAUACUUACCUGUGGUCCAAUAUCGGAGGAGAAAGCUUCUGCUGAGGUUCCGAUAAUUGCACGGUUCAUCAACUCCUGCGAUGCCGAGCAGAUUCGAUUGGCGAGUGAUAAAUUUGUAUCUCUUUGUAAGAGAUUGAAAGACCUUGUUGUGUUCAUUGGAGAUCCCCUGCGAGGGGUAGCGCUACUGUUGACUUCUAUUCAGAAGCUUCAGGUCUCCCCCAAACGUUUGACUGCAUUGCAUCCGGAUCUUCUUCAACUAUGUUUGCAAGCAAAAUGGUACAAAGCUGGUUUCUCCAUUAUUAGUGAUGAUAUAUUAGAGGUUGAGCAGCCAAGAGACUUUUUUCUCUAUUGCUAUUAUGGGGGAAUGAUAUGUAUCGGACUGAAGAGAUUUCAGAAAGCAUUAGAGCUUUUUUACAAUGUUGUGACUGCUCCUAUGCAUCAAGGCAAUGCCAUAGCAGUUGAGGCAUAUAAAAAGUACAUAUUGGUGUCUCUCAUUCACAAUGGGCAGUUUACUAACAGUCUCCCCAAGUGCGCUUCUACGGCAGCUCAGAGGAACUUCAAGAGCUACUGUGGACCUUACAUUGAACUGGGUAAUUGUUACAACGAUGGGAAGAUUGCUGAACUAGAGGCAUUGGUUGUGGCCAACAGUGUUGAUUUUGAGAAGGAUAAGAACCUUGGAUUAGUUAAGCAAGCAGUGUCAUCCUUAUACAAGCGUAACAUUUUGAGAUUGACACAGAAGUACUUGACCCUGUCACUUGAAGAUAUAGCCAACAUGGUUCAACUUGCUAAUGCUAAGGAGGCAGAAAUGCAUGUGCUUCAAAUGAUCCAGGAUGGUCAGAUACAUGCUCUUAUUAACCAGAAAGAUGGAAUGGUCAGGUUCUUGGAGGACCCUGAGCAAUACAAAACUAGUGAGAUGAUUGAGAUCAUGGAUUCUGCUAUACAAAGGACUAUUGGGCUGUCGAAGAAUCUCUUGGCCAUGGAUGAGAGCUUAUCAUGUGACCCUCUAUACCUUGGAAAGGUUGGACGGGAAAGACAAAGGUAUGACUUUGGAGACGAUUUUGAUACUGUCCCUCAGAAGUUCUCCAUGUAAACAGCAAAAGACCAAAAGCACCAGAACUUGUCUCAAAGGCAACCGUAGUUGUGAAUCUUGAGGAUGUUUCUUUUGGUUUCUUUGUUCAUUUUUGUUGGUUUGAAAAGUUUCAUAUUUUUGUCACAUUGGCCAACAAGUAGAGAAGAUCAUUAUGGACCCGCAAAUCUUUAAAAUACUGCCCUUUGCCGCGUCU